AUGAAGUACAUCGGAUCCUGCAUAGUUUGGCUUUGUAUGGCAGUCUUCCUCCUCCUUCCUGUUUCCACUUCCGUGGCUGUCAGUGACCAGACAGGUGCUGUGUGUCCUUUAAUGAAAACAGUUGUCCAUCAUCUCAAACAAAUGAAGAGAGACAGUGCUGGUGUUUCAGGCUUUGACCUGGCAGAAAGCUUUGCUUUGAGGCAAACCUCUUGUGGAGGAGAAAAAGUCUGUUUCAAACUGGGAAGCGCACCUCUCAUCAGAGACACCAAGCAAGUAUUUCCCAACGGGAUUCCUGAAGAGUACUCUCUUGUUGCUACCUUCCGCGUCCGGCGCAGUACCAAGAAAGAACGUUGGUACAUCUGGCAAGUGUUAAACCAGUAUGACACACCUGAGAUCUCAGUUCUUCUGGAUGGUACAAAAAAGGUGGUGGAGUACAUGACCAAAUCCUCUCGGAGCAAUAUACUGCACUACACUUUUAAGAGCCGGGAAAUGUAUCCCUUGUUCGACCGCCAGUGGCAUAAGCUUGGUAUUAGCGUGCAGUCAGGAGUCAUUUCCCUCUAUUUGGAUUGUAAUUUAAUUGAGAGAAAGCAGACUGAUGAAAAAUUCACCAUUGACUUGCAGGGAAGGACUCUGAUUGCUUCUCGUGCUGCAGAUGAUAAGCCUGUAGAUAUUGAGCUUCACCACCUAACUGUUUACUGCAAUCCCAACCUUGCAAUGGAAGAUUCGUGUUGUGAGAUAUCUGCGGACCUGUGCUCACGUGAGGAGAGGUUCCUUGCUACAACUGCAUCACCAGUGACAGCUCGUGACAGCAAAAUAUCCCUGCAGCAAGAACCUGGAGAGAAAUGCCACUGCUUCCCAAAUAAAGGAGAAGCAGGGUUGCCAGGAGCAGCUGGUUUGCCAGGCCAUAAAGGAGAGAAAGGUGAAAAGGGUGAAAUGGGCAUGAAAGGACAGGAUGGUAUUGCUGGUCCUCCUGGUGAAAAGGGGGAGCGUGGCUUUACAGGCAGUAAAGGGGAGGAAGGAGAAAAGGGGGAAAAAGGAGAGAAAGGAGAACCAGGACCAGAAGGCACUCAUGGAAGAGAGGGCCAAAGAGGUGACCCUGGCAUUCCUGGUAUGGCUGGCCCUAAAGGAGAGAAGGGAGAUUCAGGACCUCCAGGACCAGCUGCCCUGAGUGGUUUGCCAGGGCUGGAGGGUCCCCAAGGUCCACCUGGCAGGGAAGGCCAAAGGGGAAGACGAGGCAAACCAGGUCUCCCAGGAAAACCAGGGCCCCCGGGACCUCCUGGUCCUUCUGGACUAAAAGGAAUUCUGGAUUCUCUGAACAAGCCUUCUAAUGAGAGUGAUCCAAGACUGCUGGCAUUACUUGGGACCCCGGGACCUAAAGGGCAGAAGGGAGACAUGGGUGAAAAAGGAGAACUGGGAAUGAGUGGUGUGAAAGGAGAAAAGGGAGAGCCUUCUGAAAAAGGGGACAAGGGAGAUCCAGGAGAAACUGGACUGGAGGGAUCAAAAGGAGAUAAGGGUGAAACAGGAGACCCUGGACCACCUGGUCUUAUUGGGAGUCCAGGAUCAAUGGGACUGCAAGGACCUCCAGGACCUGUUGGACCCAGGGGACUGCCAGGAGAAGUUGGCUUACCAGGAGAACCUGGAGUACCAGGAAACCCAGGAGUUAAAGGAGACAAGGGGGACUCUGGUGGAAUUAUAGGACCUCCUGGACACCCAGGUCCAAAAGGUGAUGUGGGACCUCCUGGACCAAGCCUGCCUGGCACACCAGGUCCCACUGGUGUUCCUGGAAACCCAGGUCCAAGGGGACCAAAGGGAGAAAGAGGACUACCUGGUGUCCAAGGAGCCCCUGGGGAGAUGGGGCCCCCUGGAAUAGGCAUUCAGGGAUCCCCAGGUCCUAUGGGUCCAACUGGAUCAACAGGUGUGCAGGGCCCUAGGGGACCCCCAGGGUUGCCAGGAACUCCAGGUACCCCUGGUAUUAAUGGCACUCCAGGAAGAGAUGGAAAGCCAGGUCUGCCAGGCCCUCCAGGUGAUCCUAUUGCACUGCCACUGGUGGGAGACAUGGGAGCCAUACUGAAGGGUGAUCCUGGCACAAGAGGUCCUCCAGGCAUCCCUGGUAGAGAAGGGCCAAAGGGAAGCAAAGGUGAACGUGGAUUUCCAGGGCUUGCUGGAGAGAAGGGAGAUGAGGGCCUUCAGGGUGUUCCUGGACUGCCAGGUGUAGCAGGACCCAGUGGACCGUCUGGAGUCACUGGGAGACCUGGACACCCUGGGCCAGCAGGGGCAAAAGGAGAAAAGGGUAGUGAAGGGUCUCCUGGGAAGCCUGGACCACCUGGACCUCCGGGUAUGCCUUACAGUGAAAGGAAUGGAAUGAGCAGCUUAUACAAACUCCAGGGAGGUGUGAGUGUUGCAAGUUACCCAGGUCCACCAGGACCUCCAGGUCCAAAAGGAGAUCCUGGCACAGCGGGAGACCCUGGACCCAUGGGAUUACCUGGACUGGAAGGACUUCCAGGGGAAAAGGGGGACCGUGGACCAGCUGGCACACCCGGAGUAGCAGGGACACCGGGAAAGCCUGGAUCUCCUGGGGCCCCAGGGAUGCCAGGGGAACCUGGUGAAAGAGGACCUAUAGGAGAUAUAGGCUUCCCUGGGCCAGAAGGGCCACAAGGAAAACCAGGAGUCAAUGGAAAAGAUGGAUUGCCAGGCCCUCCGGGUGCUGUGGGGAGACCAGGAGACAGAGGACCCAAAGGAGAACGUGGUGAUCAGGGCAUUCCAGGAGACAGAGGUCCACAAGGUGAACGUGGGAAACCUGGCCCAUCAGGAGAAAAAGGGGAUGUAGGUCCUAUUGGCCCACCAGGACAGAGAGGCUAUCCAGGCUCACCAGGUCAUCAAGGUCCUCCAGGUUCACCAGGACCCCCAGGGUUUCCUGCUGACACACUGUCACUGGAAGAAAUAAAAAGCUACAUCAAGCAAGAGGUUCUAAAGGUCUUUGAAGAAAGGAUGGCUCAGUUUGUAUCCCAGCUGAAGCUGCCUGCUGCCAUGCUUGCCUCCCAAGCACAUGGAAAACCAGGACCUCCAGGAAAAGAUGGCUUGCCAGGGCCACCAGGAAAGGAUGGCUUGCCAGGGCCACCGGGAGAACGCGGGGCUCAAGGUUAUAGAGGACAGAAAGGGGAAAGAGGCGAACCUGGAAUUGGACUGCCUGGUAACCCCGGACCGCCUGGCCCUGCAGCUGCUGGCCUGCCAGGCCCACCAGGAACACCAGGCUCACCCGGAGCACAGGGGCCACCAGGAGCCAGCGGGAGGUGCAACCCAGCUGAUUGUUACUACCACACAUCACAGACUCGGGCACACAGCAGUGGGAAAUAA